UUGGAUGAAGUUGAGUAUGCCCUACCAGCAAGUGAAGCACCAACGUUAGCCGAGGUCCUGUCUGCAGAAGAUGAUGAACUUGACUGUAGAAAACUGCAAAAACAUGAUGAAGACCCCAGCACUUGUUCUGCACUGCAAGUGGACUUCUUACAGGCUGUGUCACAACAACUUAUACAGGCACAUGAACGUUCAUCAGCUGGUACUGCUACAACUGUCAGUGCUGGCAAAGAUGGAAAAUUAACAGUUGGCACAGCACAUGGACACCUGUUAUCAUUCCAUGAUCAAACUUUGAGAUGGGUUUGUGAUUCAAACACUGAUUGUGGUGCAGUAUCCUGUUUAGCUUACAAUCAAGACAGUACACGUCUUCUUGCUGGUUAUGCAAGAGGUCUAAUAUGUCAAUAUGAAAGUAUAAGAGGUAUAGUUCUUAGACGUGUUACCUUAGGAUGCAACAUAUGGGGUACAUUGAGAGUAACAUGGGCAGGUACAUCAGGAUUGGCCCUUGAUACUGGAGGAUCAGUGUGGUUAAUAAAAUUUUCGCGACCACUUGGAGUGCGUUCUGCACGAACGUCAUGUUUAUUUUCCGGUGCCAGAGGAGAAGUCGUCGCCAUGACUGCUCGAGAUGCACGAAUUUUAGCAUUAGCAACAUUAUCACGCGUGAUAAUUGUAGCCGGUGGGCGCGCUGCUGGCGUUCGCCUUGGUGGACCCCCUGAUACACUACCAGUUUUAGAAUGGAGUGAAAAUGAUGACAGAAUAUUGGUGUGUGCCCGUAAUAAAUCCCUGCAAUGGUUGUCGGUGAAUAUUACUGGCUCGGCAAUAUCUUUGCGUCCACUGCAGAGGAUGGAACUGAAGUCGACACCAUUAUGGCUUGGUUGGCUCAGCGGGACACUGGCCAUUUUUGAUGUAAAUGAAACCAUACGACUCUGGGGAGAUGAUUAUGAUAAACCCCUGGAUCUGUCUCAUGUGGAACCAGUAUAUGCAUCUGCUUUCUUCAAGGGUCAUUGGACAGACGGACGUGUUUCACGAGCAAUGGGCGUAGCGGGAACGAGCGCUCUAGGGGGAGCGUGUGUAGCAGACGGGGCACUAUCAUUGUUGGGUCGUAAAGGGGUAGUGCGAGUGAAACCGCGCGAUCUCUUGGCCAGAGCUAAAGCAUUUUGUGUCUCAGGACGCUACUCACAAGCACUACGUCUCCUUUGCUCUACAAAAGGCCCUGAAGCAAAGAAUCUUGCAAUUCAAUUUAUUAUUAACCUCUCUGAAAGACCACACAUUUUAAACGAUAAAGAAGUAGCAGACCAAGCUGUUAAGCUGUGUUUAAAAUAUAAUUUAAGUGACGAAUUGUGGAAUUUUUUAUGGGAGAACUGUUCAGAGCAAAGAGCGUUUGUGGAGGCGUUAGGAGAUGCGGCAGUGCGUGGUGACUUGUCAACUUUACCCCCUUCGCCUGAUUCAUCGCAGGCUCUCAUCGAAAAAUUAGCGGAAUUCGAACCCGGACUCGUAGAACGUGUGGUGGCUUCGUUACCGCUGACGUCACUCGACCCGCAUCGCGCAAGUGUGUUUACUAGGGAGAAGCGGCUCUGGCGCGGUGUAGGUGCUAUCGCAGCCGCCCUGGAAAUGGAAGAAAGGCUACGUACGAUCAUACGCUCCGAAUUUCAGGUGACAUUGCAAACAAUGAUGGAGAAACUUAUCGGCAAGGAAUUGCAACCUAUAAAUCAAAUUCUCAAGGAAUUUAGAGAGUCAGUGGAUUUUUUCAACAGCAGGUACGAGGAACUUAGGUCAACCGUGGAGGAGCGAAACGCCUCAAUACAGAAACUGGAAGUAGACAAUAUGGAGUUGCAGUCCACAUAUACGCCACAAGAAUAUGCAAACAUGCAUAUUAUUUAUGGGGAAUGCGGUACCAGCUCAAGAGCAGCUGAAGCUCUUUACAGAGAAAGAUACCCUAACGCACGUCACCCAUCUAAUGCCGUAUUUAUAAGAGUCCACCAAUGUUACUCAAACCCAAAGGAAGAAUGCCUGGUAGUGGUGUUGGUGGCAUUAGCGCUGGAAGAGCACCUCGUGAUGAAUAUGAAGAGAUGGUUCUUGAAGAAAUUCGGCAAGAUCCUUCCACGUCGACGAGAGCAAUAG